GGUAACAAUGGCCGUUAUGCUCAACAACAUCACCACCUUUCUCUUCUUUCUCCUAGUCAAUAGUCUGCUCUUCUAUUCAAUUCAGUCCCUAGCAAGACCAAGAAACCCUAAUUCACUCAUUCUUGGUCUUACCCCAGCUUCUAGGGCUUCCGAUCCACCUCAUCCAAAAGCUUCCACUUCUUCAAGAAAGCAACUAACGGAUGUUUUGGACAUGAUGGAGCCAUUGAGGGAAGUUAGAGAUGGGUAUCUGAUAUCUCUAAGUAUAGGCACACCCCCACAAGUCAUUCAAGUGUAUAUGGACACUGGAAGUGACCUUACUUGGGUUCCUUGUGGAAACCUUUCUUUUGAUUGCAUAGAAUGUGAUGAUUAUAGAAACAACAGGAUGAUGGCAAGUUUUUCUCCUUCUCAUUCUUCUUCAUCACAUAGGGACUCCUGUACCAGUCCCUUCUGCAUUGAUGUUCAUAGUUCUGACAACCCCUUGGAUCCAUGCACUAUGGCUGGAUGCUCAUUGAGUACCCUUGUUAAAGCCAAAUGUUCUUGGCCAUGCCCUCCAUUUGCUUACACUUACGGUGCAGGAGGGGUUGUCACUGGGACACUAACUAGGGAUACGCUUAGGGUUCAUGGAAGAAACCUUGGUGUCACUCAAGAAAUCCCAAGAUUCUGUUUUGGUUGCGUUGGGUCUACGUAUAGGGAACCUAUUGGGAUUGCAGGGUUUGGUAGAGGUGCACUUUCUUUGCCUUCACAACUAGGUUUUCUUCGAAAGGGCUUCUCACAUUGCUUCUUGGCCUUCAAAUACGCAAACAAUCCUAAUAUUUCAAGCCCAUUAAUUAUAGGAGAUAUUGCCCUUACUUCUAAAGAUGAUAUGCAAUUCACUCCGAUGUUGAAUAGUCCCAUGUACCCUAAUUACUACUACGUUGGUCUAGAGGCCAUAACUGUAGGUAAUGUCAGUGCAACUGAAGUGCCAUCAAGCUUGAGGGAGUUUGAUUCACUUGGUAAUGGGGGCAUGUUGGUUGACUCAGGAACCACUUACACUCACCUACCUGAGCCAUUCUAUUCUCAGGUUCUUUCUGUUCUUCAAUCAAUAAUAAAUUACCCUAGAGCCACUGAUAUGGAGAUGAGAACCGGGUUCGAUCUUUGUUACAAGGUACCAUGUCCAAACAACAGCAUUCUCACGGGUGAUCUCCUCCCUUCAAUAACUUUCCAUUUUUUGAACAAUGCGAGUCUAGUUUUGUCCCAGGGAAGUCACUUCUAUGCUAUGAGUGCCCCAAGAAACUCUACUGUGGUCAAAUGCCUACUGUUCCAAUCCAUGGAUGAUGGUGAUUAUGGACCAGCUGGGGUUUUGGGGAGCUUCCAGCAACAAGACGUGGAGGUUGUCUAUGACAUGGAGAAAGAGAGAAUUGGUUUUCGACCAAUGGACUGUGCUUCAGCUGCAUCUUUUCAAGGAUUUAACAAGACCUAAUUAAGCGGCAGUUAAUGGUAGUUCUUGCAGUUGCCAAUGGUGCGCGUAGGUGGUUGAUUGAUUUUUUAAAGUGUACUUUGCA